CAGACGCUAAACUCGGGCACUUUGCCGCCGCGUGCGCUGCUUCGCUCAGUGAGGACCGUCAGUUGGUGUCGUUGGUAACGCCGUGUGCGGCGCUGCGCUGUGGAGGCAGGUGGAGGUGUUGUUGUUGUUGUUUACGGGACUGUUUUUGGGGGGAGUUCAGUGUUUUGUGUACAGUGAAAGCUGUGAGGAGGGACUGUGGCUCCCGGUGAGGAUGUGAGGCGGCUUUAGACACCCUGUUUCAGCUCGGUCGGUCUGUGGUGGAGAUUCUCCUCCGGAGUGGGCUGGGUGCUGUGCUGGUGUUUGUGCGGGCUGGUGAGGAGGAGCAGCGGGCGGGCGGGAAGUUGGGCGAGUCGGUGUGGCGGGUGUUUUAUUAAUAAUAAUAAUACUAAGUGUGGGGGAGAGGAGAUGUGUAGAGCUGGCUUUAACACGGAGGAGAGACCGAGAGCUGCCGCCGCCGCUGCCGACCACUGAGGGAGGAGCAGUGAGAGAACAGUGAGCAGCAGCCCGGGCGCCGUAAACAACACUAGCUCGCUUUGUGUGUGUCUCUCUCUCUCUCUCUCUCUCUCUCUCUCUCUCUCUCUCUCUCUCUCUCUCUCUCUCUCUCUCUCUCUCUCUCUCUCUCUCACACACACACACACACACACGGGCACGGCGGAGGACGCGGGUGCUGAAGAAGUGGUGCUGCUUUGUGGUCUUGUCGUGUGUUUUUUCUUGUUUUCCUCUUUGGACAGUAACUUGUCAAGCGCUCCUUUAUUUUAAAUCACACUCUCUUCCCUGUCAGGACCUCAAAACGUGACAUUUACCAGUUCAAACUUGCCUCCUCUCUGACGGAGCGGACCCCGGACUUUCUCCGAGCUGCAGCUUCUUUCACCCCGCUGGACCAGUCCGCCGCUCCCCCCUCUUAAUGUUGUGUUUCCCGCUCCAUUAAGAGGAGGAACGGCUCAGGGAAAGGCAUGCUAGCGGAAGGAGGACACAUGCCGUCCGUUUGAGUGCAGCUGCUGCUCUCUACCGUUGGAAGAAUCCGCGCGGUGGUCUCUACAGCCACCUGCCCGGAGACUUGGGGCUUUUGUUGUUUGUUUUUUGGAGUAACAGCGACCCACGUGGAUCCAGAUCCCCGGGAGUGGCAGGAUCAUCAUGGGCUGUUGCAGUGGCCGAUGCACGCUGGCCUUCAUCUGCGGCAUGCAGUUGAUUAGCAUCUUGGAGCGGCAAAUAUUUGAUUUCCUCGGUUACCAGUGGGCGCCGAUUCUCACAAACUUCAUUCACAUCAUCACAGUGAUCCUGGGUCUCUUUGGGACGGUGCAAUUCAGACCACGAUACGUGACUGGGUAUGCGGUCUGGCUGGUGCUCUGGGUCACCUGGAACGUGUUUAUCAUCUGCUUCUACCUGGAAGUGGGUGACCUUUCCAAGGACACGGAUCUGAUCAUGACCUUCAACAUCUCCAUGCAUCGCUCCUGGUGGAUGGAGAACGGCCCGGGCUGCAGGGUGACCCCCGUGACCCCUCCUCCGUCCUGGGCCCCAGAGGACCACCGCUACAUCAGCAUUGCGGGCUGCGUGCUGGAGUACCAGUAUGUGGAGGUGGCCCACAGCUCCCUGCAAAUCAUCCUGGCUCUUGCUGGGUUCAUCUAUGCCUGUUAUGUGGUGAAACUAAUUUCAGAAGAGGAAGACAGCUUUGACUUUAUAGGUGGGUUUGAUUCCUAUGGUUACCAAGGGCCACAGAAGACAUCCCAUUUGCAACUACAACCAAUGUAUAUGUCGAAGUAACAAGGACAACUGCCUUAUGAACCAAUCAAAUAGAAAAAAAGAAACUGCUGUUUUAACAUUUUGUCUUUUUACAUAAUUGUCUUAAUAUGCUAGUGUCUUACGAACUGUCGGAGGAACAUGAGACGUGGCACUUUAACCUCAAAAAGGCUGGAUAAACCGACACACAGCUGCACACACACACACACACUGGAUUUCCCCCACACUGGACGGUCUUAGGCUUGCACCUCCUGUCUGGAGAGCUCGCCCAGGUUUGUCUCAUCAUCGGCAGGAGCAAGAGAGCCCCCCUGUGGUCAGGACGCUUUGCUCAGCCUCCACCCUGCCGCUGAGAGCAGAAGGGGAAGGAGUCAAACUGGAGGAGCAGAUUGCAUUGAUCUCGGUGGAUUUCAGGUGGGAGGUGAAAGAGAAAAGCUGGCAGUGCACUGAAUGAACUCAGCCUGACUCCGGAGACCGUCUCUGCAUUCUGUCCGACCUCAUUAGAAACACUGCUCACUCUAAAGAAUGUCCAAUAACCAUCCAAUACGGCUUUAGUCACCCGGCGUAGUGAUGACACCUGCAGCGGGUGAUCCCAGAAAUAAGACAUAAGAAGGUGAAUCAUACACAUGUGUGUUUACAUAUGGAUAUUCCCAGCCACAGAAUACUGGGAUACCACAGAACUAAUUCAUUGUAGAUUGCAGGGGUUAAUCUUUUACGUUAAAUUGUUAAACUGUAUUCCGAAAUGUUUCUUUUUUUUGUUUCUUUUAUUAUAUUGUAUUAAUGGAUGUAUUCGUCUUGAAAGUGCCAAGAACACUUAGGAACACUUAGGAACUCAGUAUCAGAAGCUGCCCAGAGAUUCGUAUUUUCAAAAAGCUCUCUCACUUCCCAUCCGUUGAAAGUCGCCUUUCGGAUCGACCGUGUUCAUUUUGCAUGAGGUGUCAUGUUGCAUAUUUAAUUUGUGACAGCAGGAAAUAGCCCCAGCUUUGGCGGAGCAAGCAGCUGCCCUUUCUACAGCUGUCUCCAGCUUCUAAAGGUUAUGUGAAUAUCGUGCUUUUUUUCUAAGACAGUGUUCAGUCUUGUUAAAGCGAAAAACUAAACUAGAGGAAAAAAAAAAACAUUUACCUUCUUUCUAUUCCGAGCUUCUUUUUUUAACAUGUGUGCCAGUGUUCACUCUUUUUCUAGUAGACUAAUAAUUUAUGUUGUGAAGGUGGGCCUUUCUUUUUACCUGUACAGAGACGCAAGGGAAACCUUGGCUGAAAAAAAGAAAGAAAAAAAAAACAUAAGCUGCACUGUUUUGGUAGUGUGCUGUGGGAGGAGUUUGUGCGUGUGCAAGUGUGUGCGAGUGAGGUAGAGUUUGUGCUGUGGCUGAAAUGUGCUUUGUGUAAUGGCCAUCGCAGAAACCCAUGUGCAACCAUAAAGCCCUGUGUGCUUUCUCUCCGGAAGCGUACGCUUACAACCGCAAAUCUUACUGCAUUAGUUUGUCCAUUAGUGUGCAGCAGUUGUUUAUGGCAUAUAGAGAUAUUCUUUUUUUUUUUUUCCUUCCACUAAUAGAAGCUUACUGUAUGAGCUUUUAGAAUCAGGCGGUGUAGGCUACUGUUAACCGUCCUCCUAAGUGAAUACGAAGAAAUGAGUUUCUUUUUUUAGCUGCACUUUCAAUUACCAGUAAUAUCUCACAAUCUUUCAUCAUAAAUGAAGCCCUUUGAUGGUGCAGGAAAGUGUGGAACAUCUUCAUUUCAGGCUAGACAUGUGCCGAUAUUCUGACAUAAAGUAUAUUGAGAUAUUCAACACACGACAGUGCUAUUGUUGGUGCUUUUGAAUAUUACAACCAUUUCAGGCAUAAAUGAGGUGGUUCUCACUAAGCAAAGAGUGUUUUAAUAUUUAAAAUCCCAAAUUAUUUACUUAAUUUAAAUAAUUAAGUUUUACCUAAUUUAACUGUUUCUAAGAAGAAAUGUCUUCUUUGGCCCUUUUUAAUAUGUUUUUUUACAAAGAUUCUAAAAGGAAAAAAGGAUCUAUCAUAAUAAGCUUGUUAGGACUUUUCUCAAGCAAAUUCUUAAGGAUGAUAUUAAUAUUAAUAUAUUGUUAAUAUUGGUGAAAAAGAUCCACUGUGUAUUUAAACCUACUCAAUUAAAUAGCUAUUCCUGUAACACUGGCUAUAUGAAGAUCUCCUUUUUUAAAUAGGACUGGAAAGCAGUCAGACCCAGCAAAUGUAGAAAUAGAGCAGACUGAGGUUAUAAUGACAGUGGACUGUUCAGUCUGUUUAUCUGUCUUAGUUUUUAUAUAGAGAGAUUUACACAGAGAAAAGGUUUAUAAUCUGACAAAAAGACAUUAGGGUGACAUAAAUAAGCUAGUUUAAAUUCUUGUUGUGGACUACACUGUUAAAAGGGCUUUCUUAAAGAUUCUCUAGUCUGAGAAAUGGUUCUAUUUAUGUUAUUCUGACCAAAUCAGAAUGUUUUUACACAUGCGGAUUAACAUUAGUUCCAAGAUUCUGCUCCUAUUCGAUCAGCCAAACACAGCAGGGGGCAAAAUUACAUUCAAAACAACAGGUAGACCCAAGAAAAACAAGCUGCACAUCUCUGCUAUUAUAUGUAUUUCAGUGGAUAUCGCACACCAGGUGUUAUUUUAUGGACUGUUAUGACAAAAGUGUUCCAGUACCAAAUGUAUAAGGUCUACAUUUAACAAAUUUCCCAGUUUUUAAAAGCCAUAGAGCUGCUAUAGAGCUGAAUCCAGUAAAAGAAAAGGAAAACAGCAGAUUCUCCAGUAUCAUCAACAGCGACAUCGAGAACAUCUGUUAUGUCAAACUUAUGUCAAUGUUUAAAGGUCCAUAAUAUUCUCUAUAUUGUAUUAUUUAUUUGCAGAGUAACAGGUUCACCAGAGACUUUAGCUCUAGUCCCACAAGCUCCCACAUCAGACUGACAUCGUCUGAUUAAAUGCAUUAUUUGAUGUUGGUACAGCUGUUCUAGUGUGCUGUCGGUCAGAGCACCUUCAUAACUAAGGGAACAUAAGGGAAAAGGGCUGUCCUUUCAUACUAACUCGUCCAAUAUUUAACGGAAACCAAAGAUGCCUAUUGAAACAUAAAGAACACAAAACCGCCAACACAGUACUUUAUAUUAAUUGAUACUCAGAAAUACACAAAUCAUAUACAUGCAGGUUAAUUCUUAGUAUAGAAUUGUAAUAAAAGGCAAUAAUAAACUGUUAUUAUUGUGAUAUUAUAUUAUAUCGGCACAUGCCUAGUGUUCAUCCUAUUUGAAAAUUAAUUUACAAUGGAUCAAUGUAUUUGCCUACCCAUCUAUCUACUCAUAAAAGAUGUACUGUAUGGGUGCGCAUAUACAGCUCUUGCAAAAAAUAAGUGACCACUUAAAAAUAAUGAGUUUCUUUGAUUUUACCAAUUUGAAAACCUCUGGAAUAUAAUUAAGAGGAAGAUGGAUGAUCACAAGCCAUCAAACCAAACUGAACUGCUUGGAUUUUUGCACCAGGAGUGGCAUAAAGUUAUCCAAAAGCAGUGUGUAAGACUGGUGGAGGAGAACAUGCCAAGAUGCAUGGAAACCGUGAUUAAAUACCAGGGUUAUUCCUGUUUCCUUUGCAUUAUUUGAAGUCUAAAAGCUCUGCGUCAUUUUCUGCAAAUAACUGCUCUAAAUGACCAUAUUUUUAAUUUAGAAUUUGGCAGAAAUGUUUUCCGUAAUUUAUCGAAUAAAACAACAAUGUUCAUUUUACUCAAAAAUAUACCUAUAAAUAGCAAAAUCAAAGAAACUGAUUCAGAAACUGAAGUGGUCUCUUAAUUUUUUCCAGAGCUGUAUAUAUGUAUACAUGCCAGAAAUAAACACCAUAUGGGUGUAAGGUCUUUAGGGAAAGUGCCUGAAACAACAUCCUGUUAACAUUCCAAUAAAUAAUAACCUGCCCUCCUCCACACAGUUUGCCAGUUAGUAAAUAGACUCGCAUGGGCAUAUUUCAUCAUCCCCCUCCUGAAUUUGCACUGGCAAAGCUCUAUGCAGCUUAGAUGAUUAAUAAAGAUAUUGUAGCAGCACCACUUUUCAGGCCUUAUUGGCUAAUAAUUCCCCACAGUCAUCUUUCACGACUGCAGAGCUUUCCCCUGGUGCUCCAGAUGGAGUAUGAAUAUGUCGGCUGCUGGUUUGAAUGAGUGUCUUUAAGAGAGUUCAGAGCGCGUAGCGUUGUGUCAGUGUUCUGCCUUUGAUAUAGAGGGUUAAAGCCUUGUUGUUGGAAGCGUUCACGAGCCCAUAAACUCUCACGUCAGCCUGACCGCAUUUCUCUUCUCCAAGACUUGUGUAAAUACAUCACUGUUUCGAAGAUGAUGCUUGAUUAGUCUUAACGUGUCGAUGCUGUUGCAGGACGGAGUCGAGGCUGAGAAGCUGCCGGUCGUGACUCCGCUGGCUGAACCCAGUCAUGUCUUUACCCCGUACCAGUAUAUCAUGUUUUCAACAUGCGGAGUGGGUGGCUGUGUUCCAAUCAUGCAAGUACACAGCUCCUUCAGAUGAAAAAGCAAAUUGGAUCUUGCGUGAUGUUUCUCCUGAGCUGAGGUUUACCAUCCCGAGUUGUAAAUACAAUGAAAAGAAAUAACUGUGUGAAAUAUACAACCUGUCCCGUGCUUAACAAGUCUAAAUUUUGAUGAACGCCUUCGUAAAUAUUGUUUAUGAAGAAGGCAUGAUUCUGUUUUAGCUCAGUGGUCAAAAUGAGGUGUGUGAUAUUCUAUUAACAGCUAAUACACAUUCUAGAAGUUUUAUUAUUAUAGAUGUAUUCCUAGUGCAUAUUAGACUUCCAAUUAAAAGGACCGUCAGCCAGCCCACAUUUCGUUUUGUUCUAUUUCCAGCCAUCUGGACAAGUGAUAAGGAUGAGCUUCUGAGUGUCCAGAUCGGGUCUUUCUUUCAAGCGAAAAAAACAACAACACCAACAAAGAACGUGGACUGGCUGAAGUUUCCUGGAGACUGGAUUGGAGUUCUCUGUACUAGGGGACCAUUCAGGCUGUAAUGACUGGGUUCAGUGCUGACUUCAACUUUUGAAUAGACUUUAGCCUUUUCUAUUUCUUUUACUUUACAAAAAUGACUGUAAAUAUAGUAAUAAUAAAAACAGACAGUGGAAAAAAA